CCAUCAUAGUAGUAGUAGUGCCUAGUGAUCGUCAUGGAUGAGGACUCUCUCAACGAUCUUCUCGAGUGCUCGGUCUGCCUGGAACGGUUGGACGAAAGCAGUAAAGUUUUACCAUGUCAGCAUACUUUCUGCAAACGUUGUUUAGAAGAAAUUGUGAACUCCAGAAAAGAGCUGCGGUGCCCAGAAUGCAGAGUGCUGGUUCGGUGUUCAGUUGAUCAGCUACCGGCGAACAUUCUUCUUGUGCGACUUCUGGGUGGGAUGAGCAGUAGCUUGGUCGGUAAACGAGGACCACCUGAGAAACCGAGCAGUAAAAGUAAACAAGCCAGUGGGAGGUCUGGUCAUACUGGAUCGGGAGGUCGUGCUGGUAGCGAUCACCAACCCACAACGGGGAAAACACAGGAAAAUACCAAUAAACCAUGUGCAAGGGGUUUAUAUAAUUUUGAAGGCAAGGAACCUGGCGACUUGGCAUUCCAUAAAGAGGACAUGAUUUAUCUACUUAAGAAAAUAGACGACAAUUGGUUUCAGGGAGAGUUGAAAGGUCAUAUUGGAUUUUUACCGUCCAAUUAUGUCCAAGUGAUAACUCCAUUACCGAAAGAUCCACCGCAAUGUAAAGCUUUAUUUGACUUUGAUAUCUCUGAUCAGGAUGAAAAGGACUGCCUCUCAUUCUCCAAGGAUGAAAUAUUUUCUGUGAUCAAACAAGUAGAUGAGAAUUGGGCUGAAGGACAGAAGGGUGAUAAGAUUGGGAUAUUUCCACUCUCGUAUGUUGAGAGAAAAAUAAAUGUGUGGAAUAAAUCAUGUUCGUUGUUUGGAAUAAAUCCUGCAAACCAAGCAAGUCAUGGUUCAGCACCAAAUAGUGUAGAGGAAGAUAGCAGGAAUAAAAGUUCCCAGAAGAGGCAUUCGUUUACUUUGUUUCCAAAUGCCAACAAAGGCAGUAAGGAUACACAGCGGCAUUCAAUGGAGAUAGGCGCUCCCGUCCUGAUUAGCUGCAGUAACCCUACAGCGACCACCUUACUAGAGACCCAGUUUCCGCAACCUUCGACUUCAUCACUCUUGCAACCAACUCCAGUUAGUCAGGGAAGCAGCAGACCUCCUGCAAUGCAGGAUGGUAUUUUAGUUCCCAUUCCAGUAUUGCCUCAAAGAUCGACACAGGGUGUGACAAGUAGUGACAGACCAAGACCAAAGAAUACCCCACCACAGUUAGUACCUGAACAGAGUCGAGUAGUAUUAACGAGCAGUGGAACAAGUGGUGGGUUAAGCCUCAGUAAAAGUAGUGGAGGAGAUAACGUUGUGAGUACACAGCAACAAUCAGAGACUUUUCCCAUUAAAAUUGCACCACCUCCCUCCACUCGAAGAAACUCUUCACCGAAUGCUCAUCGUCACACUGCUCAAAUUGUAUCCACAACCAGAACUGCUACUCCAGCAGUAACAUCCACGCCAGCAAGCAGUCUAACUGAAGUGACAUCUACGAGGCACAAUGCACCAGCGCCACCACCGAUUAGUAGUAUGUCAACGUCAUCAACAAGAACACAAUCGGCGUCGGUACCAAGAACUAAUCCUACUUCUGUCUCGAGAAAUAAUCCAGCUCCUGUACCAAGAGCUAAUGCACCUCCCGUUCCCGCGUCAACUACCUCAAACUCUUCUCCGGACGUCGGAAGCUACCAACCACUGAACUCGGCUGCCGCAGCUACUAUCACACCUCCCAAUAAAUCUGCCAUUCAGAUUUCAGGUAACCAGUCACCGUAUGCCAGGUCUGACAAGAAAAGAGACAAAGAGAAAGUGUUCAAGAAGCUUCAAGUUUUCAAAAAGACGCGACCUCCUCCUCCUCCACCUUGGAUGGUUCCAAGUGGGGACGAAAGCAGACAUAUGCGCUCAGAGUCCUUGCCUGAUCAAACAAGUUUGAAUAAUUCAAGCAUUUUGGCUGAUCACAGGAAGUCGGAAUCUCUUGAUGAGUCAGCUGGUGCCACAGCCAGUGGUGUUAGUAGACCACCUAAAACAGCACCUUUAGUCAGAGAGAGGUAUCGUGUUAUAGUGCCCUAUCCACCGCAAAGUAAUGAAGAACUUGAGCUGAAAAUCGGUGACACGGUUUAUGUGCAUAAAAAACGAGACGAUGGAUGGUACAAGGGAACCCUGCAAAGAACUGGAAAAACUGGACUAUUUCCAGGAAGCUUUGUGGACAAGUUUUGA